AUGAAAAACAUAGCGCCACCGCCACAGAUAUACACAGUGCCCUUCUGGCCAUCGGUACUUGCCCCACCUGUCGUCGGACUGUAUACGAAGGCGCAGGACUACGCGCAAGUCCUGGCCCACCCUCACCGCACGCCAUUCCUCCAGUUUAACGCCGAUGCGCAUUAUCCGGUGGACGCUGGCGAUCCAGCCGAAGAGCUUUGGCGGCGGUCCACGGUGGUGAUGGGAUUAGACGUGCGCAUCGACCCAAACACCAAGGCCGGGGAGCCGGCGGCGUCGCGGUUCCCUGAGCUAGUCAGCAUUAGUCUGGCAGAGUCAGUGGAGGAGCUGCGGCCGAUCUUGCAGGACCCGGUGGGCCGAAAUGCCGGAGGGAGUCGUGAGCUAGACAACAAGGUGGCGGCGCGGCGAUCCAUCGCCUUCAGAGACGGACAGUUCUUUGCACAAGACCGGGAGCGCAGCUUCAACAGCCAGUACUCGAAGGCCCUGUACGACACCUUGCGAUACACGCUUCGUCCUACACCAAGCCAUAGAGUGCAGGAGCUAGUGUUUGCCAAGGACAGUUGGUUGCCGGAUAGCCCAGCCGGAUACCAGCACGUCUUGGAGAGUUUCACUGCUCUCAAGGCCAUACAUUUCGACAGCCCUACACUGCCUGGAGGAGUAGAAUUUGACGGGAGGGUGGAAGGCGGUUUAGCCUUUGAGCACGUGUAUGCUCUGGCUUGGUAUCUGAACACAGCUGCACGCGAUGGGCAGUAUCCUUGCCCGACCCUGGAUGCAGUUCAUCUUCAAACUGCACCUGAUACAGUGCUCGAUGGCUUAUUGCAGGUGGUCAAGGACACUCUGAUGAACUCUUCUGGCCGGACCAGAUCUGGUCUCCCACAUAUUCGCCUCGUUAGAUACAUUCCUUGA